UCUAUCGAAUUCCAGGUUUAUUUUACAUAUCUAGUGUCUUGAUACCAUUUCUAUAGACUAUUUGGUCUGUAUUUCUGGGCAGAAUUUGUUUUACUUAGUCUACGCCAUCAUGUUUCUUACUGCAGUCUUCGUCGUUGUAUUGGCACUUACAAAGCAAGGUUUAACUCAAGUUGUUGACGGCGAUGAAAAAAUUGUACAAGAAGUUGGAUCCACUGUGACAAUUGACGCAAACUUCAUACCCGAAGAAAGCGAAGUCAUAAUAUCCCUGAUAUGGAAACAUGAAGGCAAAGAUAUUGUGAUGUUUGCUCCAGCACUGAAUAUAACUACAUACCAGGAUGAUUAUAAGUUCAGGGCGUUGAUCGGAGCAGAAAACUAUAAUUUGAUGCUCGAUGGAAUCGAAUUUUCGGAUUCUGGAGAAUAUGUACUAUCCGCUGUCACAACAAAGCAAUCAUACGAGAUAAAACGAACAUUGGAAGUUUUGGCCUCGCCCGUAGUGUCUACCAGACCAAUUCAAGUGACAGACGACGGCUCUGAAACUGAGCAGGUACUGGCAGAAUGCAUUGCGAAAGGUGGAAGCAGUCCGUUUACAAUCGAAUGGUACGAUGGUGAUUUACUUCUCGCUGAUACUGGAUCUUCAACAGACAGCGAAAAUGCUGCGAAUCCCUUGUUGAUCGACUCCGUUCUGCAACUCCGUAUGGUGCCCGAAGCCUCCCGAGACUACGGGCGUAAGCUAACCUGCGUCGUCAAUGACGCAUUGGGACGACGCAUUGCGGAAGACGUUACGCUGGAAGUAACAGAACCAACGACGACUGUUCCGACCACCACAAUGCAAGCUUAUCCCAUGAUCACAAAAUUCCCGAAAUCGAAAACAAUUACAUUGGUGAAAGAAGAGAGUCGAGUUUUAACUUGCAAAGCCACCGGUGUCCCAGAACCCACAGUCACGUGGUACAAAGAAGAAGAUAAGCUUCAAAGAGGAGUUGGUGAAAGCAGAAUCGAAGUGACGGCAAAUGAUUAUACCGAUAGUGGAACCUACAGAUGCGUGGCCAGCAACGUCGAAGGAAAGGACCAGAAAGAAGUUGAAAUUUCAGUACAGGGACCACCCAUGAUCAUUGGUGCAGAUGUUCUUGAAAACGGAACAGUAGCUUAUAUAUUAGAUGCUGAUGAUGAAUAUGUCAGAUUGUUGUGCGCAUCAAAUGCAUACCCAGAACCAGUAAUCGAAUGGACGGUAGAAGGUGCAAAUUUGACGGAAUUCCAAAGGGAACACCAUAUUGAAUUUUCUGACGGAUCCACAACCUCCUUUCUGAACAUCAGCACAAAACAUUUCAUCGGACCACAAUCUGUUACAAAAGUCAUCUGCAAGGCAAAGAACGCACACGGGGUUGCACAAAAAUCGUUCGAAAUUACUGUUCCUAUUGUACCAGCUAACAUUGGAUUGAUCGUCGGAGUCGUGGUCGCGCUCGUUCUUAUCGUCCUUAUUAUUGUCGUCAUCACUUAUCUCGUGGUUUCAAAAAGAAAUCAAGGCACAAUAACCAAAUCAGAGGAGUCGGGUAUCUUUGGAUGGUCAACUUGCUGCGCCGGUUCAAAGGUCAAAUCUAAGGAACUGAAGGAAGAGGACGACACAGUGACCGUCGAACACGUCAAAGAAGUAAACGAGGAAGGCACUCAAGAAGAGAAACAAAAACUCACUCAAGCCGAGGAAGAACCUGCAAAAGAAGAAGAAGAGAGCAAAGGUGGCGGAGAGACGGAGGAAAAAGAUGAGCUAACAAAUGAAGAAGAGAAACCAAAAAAGAGCAAACGUAAAAUUCCUCUUUCUAUGCAAUGUUGUAAAGGAAAGAAGAAGGAACAAAAAGAAAACCAAGAAGAAGGAGAAAACAAUGACGCCGAAGUAGAAGAAGAAUCAGGUAAAGAAACUGGCAACGGCGAUACAAAAACGACUGACGACAAACAAGAAGUCGAUAGGGAUUCUGGAAAAGGGGACACACUGGAUAAAGUACUAGAAGAAGAAAAGCCAGAAAAAUGAAUGAAAUCCAUCGGAAGAUAAAAUGACUGAAAUAUAAUUUAGCGAAAACUCUGACGCGAGCACAAAAACAUUUCAUUUCGUACAAAUGACAAAAGUCAAACGCUUGCAUUUUAAUAACCAUUACGUUAAAAAAUUUGCUUUCCCUUGGGCUUUAUAUAAAAAACGAAAAUGUAUCACAUUUCCCUGUGAAUAAAGACCGAUGCGUUCGCUGUACAGCCUUAUUCAAAGAUAUGUAUAUAACGCAAGAGCUACAUUUUGGCACUAUUUUAGAUGACCCUCGGAAUACGGAAGGUUUUUUUAAAUUCAUAAUUAUUGUUUAGCCGUUACCGAACAUAGUAAUCACAAAUGUAUUUGAAAUAUUUACCUAGAUUUGCACAAUUAACUCACAUUAUGAAGCUACCGUAACAGCGUAUUGGUCAUUACUUUAUUCCGUUCAAUGACUCUCUCGCCGUCAACACCAAUGUUCUUAUUCGUUUUUUACAUUCCAAAGUCUUUUUUAUUUUGAAUUGUUGGUUUUUCACUAAUGCCACUGCCAUAUUAUUGUCGACAUACCAUUGGGUUGGUAAAAACAAAUAUUCAUGUACCUAUUUCAAUGCUUGAAGAUUGGAUUCAGAAAAUGGAUGGGAAAACAUGGAGGAUAAAAUCUGCAUGGAUUAUUAUUUAGUGUUGUGCACUAAUGACAGACCAACUCGUGCUCUGAUGUAUCCUAUUUCGAUCGUUGUUUAUAUUUUCCAUUUCGAUAUUGUUCUUAUAUUUGUGUGGCUAAAUUAAUUCAUUGGUUUAGCAUCACGCAAGAUAAAAAUAGCUAGCGUUCAUGUUUGAUUUAGAAUGUAUUUUGGUAUCGAAGACUGUAGGAAUUGUAAAUAUUGCAUAGUUAUGUAAAUAAAAUUCAAUUUCUAAA